GUCAAAUGAGAGAUCCGACGGUCCCAGGAAGCAGCGAUAUCAUUUAGCUAAAAGACAGGACAAACGCGGGAUUUCGAGAUUAGAUUUGUUCAUGUAUAAACGAUAAAUAUUUAAAUUUUAUCUCAAGUUUACGCUCGUUUAAACCGGUGAUCUAUACGUGGUUUUGCAAUGAUGAGAGCGAUGUUUACUCUGCAGCCUUAGGUGCCUCUGGAUGGUUGCACUGCUUAAAUAUUGAGCUGAAAUUUGGACAAAAGACCAAAUUGUUCCUCUGAUUUCACCUGUCUUGUGGGCUGGCGCCGAGCCAAUUUUGACUCUGGAGCAGGACACGGAGGAAAGUAUGGCCAUGACGGGAGGGACAGCAGCGGCCCUUCCCAUGAGUAACCACACGAGAGAGAGAGUGACCGUGGCCAAACUAACGCUGGAGAACUUUUACAGCACUCUGCUCACUCAGCACGAAGAGCGCGAAAUGAGGCAGAAGAAGCUUGAAAAGGCCAUGGAAGAGGAGGGUUUACCAGAUGAAGAGAAAGUCAUGCGCCGCUCACAACAUGCCCGAAAAGAGACAGAGUUUUUGCGGUUGAAAAGGACUCGACUCGGACUUGAUGAUUUUGAGUCUCUAAAAGUGAUUGGACGAGGAGCUUUUGGAGAGGUUCGAUUGGUUCAGAAGAAAGACACAGGACACAUCUAUGCCAUGAAGAUCUUGAGGAAAGCUGACAUGCUGGAGAAGGAACAGGUUGCCCAUAUCCGAGCAGAGAGGGACAUUUUGGUGGAGGCGGACGGCGCAUGGGUUGUUAAGAUGUUUUAUAGUUUCCAGGACAAAAGGAACCUCUACCUCAUCAUGGAGUUUCUACCCGGAGGAGACAUGAUGACCCUACUGAUGAAGAAGGACACUCUGUCUGAAGAGGCCACUCAGUUUUACAUCGCUGAGACGGUCCUGGCCAUAGACUCCAUUCACCAACUUGGGUUCAUUCACAGAGACAUCAAACCAGACAACCUGCUGCUCGACUCCAGGGGCCACGUAAAACUGUCAGAUUUUGGCCUGUGUACGGGACUCAAAAAAGCUCAUCGAACUGAGUUUUACAGAAAUCUCACGCACAACCCGCCCAGCGACUUCUCUUUUCAAAAUAUGAACUCUAAAAGGAAAGCAGAAACAUGGAAAAAGAACAGACGACAGCUGGCCUAUUCCACAGUGGGAACCCCGGACUACAUCGCCCCAGAGGUCUUCAUGCAAACGGGCUACAACAAACUGUGCGACUGGUGGAGUCUGGGUGUCAUCAUGUACGAAAUGCUCAUCGGUUAUCCUCCCUUCUGUUCAGAGACGCCUCAGGAAACCUACAGAAAGGUCAUGAACUGGAAAGAGACUCUGGUCUUUCCUCCUGAAGUCCCCAUCUCAGAACGUGCCAAGGACCUAAUACUGAGGUACUGCACAGAUGCCGAGAACAGGAUUGGUGCUGUGAGCGUGGACGAGAUCAAGAGUCACCAAUUUUUUGAAUCAGUCGACUGGGAGCACAUCAGGGAGAGACCGGCAGCCAUCUCUAUUGAAAUCAAAAGCAUCGACGACACUUCAAACUUCGAUGACUUCCCUGAGUCGGACAUCCUCCAGCCAGGUAUGACCACCAACUCAACAGAACCAGACUUCAAAUCCAAGGACUGGGUCUUCCUGAACUACACAUACAAGCGUUUUGAAGGUUUAACACAACGAGGCACCAUCCCCACGUACAUGAAGGCAGGAAAAGCUUGACUUCCUCAUACCUAUAAACAUAUGGACUAUACGGACACAGGGUCAUUGGGCCAUAUAGAGCCACGCUGGAUCUAUUUCAUCACAUUUAAAGAAGCAUUGUGUAACUUUUCUGGUGGAGAAUCCGUCAAGUGUUUUUUCUCCAUUGUUGUUUUUGCUUUGUCUGGAAUGUUUCACAGUAUGAUAGUAAACCUUUUUUUUUUUUUUAAUCUUCAUAGAGUACCAAAGCAGAUCAAGUUACAGGUCAGUUCUGUGGAGAGCCAAACCCCACUCACAGUCAAUUUAAUUUUGUCUAGGUAUUUUUGAGCUAUAAAACCACCUGUAAUUUAAUACAUGUAAGGAAGAGCUGUUUAAUGUCAUACUGUGGAACAUUGCAGGCAAAGCAGUGGCAUAUCCAUAGAAACAAACAGGUGACAGACCCCCAACGAAAAUGUUACAUCGUGCAGCUUUUAAGUCUGUUUUGCGUCCAAGAGUAAAGAAGAAAAAUGCAUUAUCUACUUCUGCAAUACCUCUGAUAUUAUAUGUUAGCCAUAGCUAUAUAGCGUCUCACUAGCUAGGACACUAAAUUAGCGUAUCUGCAUGGUUAGCGGCGUACUAGCUUUGGGAAAUCACUGCCGCAAAAAAACUGUGUGACAUAAAAAUGCUCAAUUAAAUGUUCAGAGGGUGGUGGCUACGUUAGCUCUGAGCAAACAUGUGGAAGACAGACAAAGUGGAAAGCAAUACAGGUUCAAAUCUAUCCCUCAGUUGCUAUAAAUAUGGAGUUUUGUUGUUUAUUAGCAUCCUAGGUUUGACGUUUGGACAUUAUGAGGUAUUUCCUUGUGGAGUUUAGCAUUUAUUACUGAUGUUCAGAGUUCCCCAUCAAUCUAAAACAUGCACAGCUUAGAUGUAGACAUAUUAUGAUAACAAAGAGUAAUAAAUAUAUAUCAAAAUAGGUCUUUCAGGUAAGACUUGGUACUUUCCAUCAAGAUCUAACACAAGACCUGUCCCUAUUUUAAUUUUUAACUAAACCAGACCACAUUUUGUUGCUAAUAAAACAUUCUAGUCAAAUCAAAUUUAAGAAGUCAAAAACACUGACUUCUAUUGUAUGUCUAUUGUUGAUUAAAAGCCAUAGAAUGAAGAGGCAUUGUUCUGGAGUUUGGUGUUAAAAGUUAAUUGUCAAAGUUUGUAUUUUUAAUAGAAGGGGAAGAUAGCACAGAGGUGGUUUUAUAGGUUCUGGUAAUAAAACAGAAGGCCCGUAAAGAUAUACUGUACUGCUUAACAGAGAACAAUAGCAUGACUGUUCUCAUCUAGACCAAUAUUUUUGACAUCCUGCCAGCAUUUAUUAUUAGAUAUAUUAUGAGUAAGCAACAAUUUGUGUUUUCCUGUUUUCAAUGGUAGUCAAGUUAGAUGUACCCAGUAACUUUUCAGAGUAGUCCUACUAUGUUAUCAAUAUUAGGCUCCUUUUAAAACCACGCAUAACUAAAAUGUGCAACUUAUUUGUAUGAAAACAAGAAAUUUCAAUCAGUUUCCUGCCCCUUGAGUGUUUCAAAAGCAUAAUAGGUUAUAUGACAAGUAAAAAUACGUUCCUCGGCUCUUCUAUCAGUCGUCUGGCUCCCACAAGUCCUUGCUCAGAGCUAGUUAGGUCAGUCGCUAAAGUUAGUAACCAAAGAUCAUUAAGAUGUAGCAAUCACCUAAAAUAACUGCACUAAACUUUAAACUACCUUAAAAGACAUGAAAGCUAUGGUCUUGUAUCUAUUUGGGCAACACUCGCUUGGCUUUGUAACAUUAAGGCUUAUUACUGGGAGGACACAGACUGAUUUUGCCAUUGUAGACAUAGUGGACUUCAAACGCCAUUUCUAAAUAAAUAAGCUGAAUACAGAAGACCAAGAUGGCGGCUCUGAAUCUCAAAUGCAAAAUACUUAAAUUAAAUUCACUGGUCCAAUACAAUGGCUUUUCCUGAUGUGUAGCUUGGUUUAAAUGGUCCGUUUAUUGUAAGUGAGAUGAGAAAAGCUUUGAGAGAUUGUGUUUUCAAAUGCUUUUAGAGAGAUUUCAGUUGCUAUAUUUGAAUGCAGGUCUCAAAAAGUUUAAAUUGGUAAAAAUGGUGUUGAUAAUUAAUAAUUUUGAAUUGUGCACUAUUAUAAACAAAUGCAAGUAAAGUUAAAAGGGUCAUGUAAAAAUAGUACUAAAAAUAUUUAUAAACUUUACUUGCAUCCCCCAUUUUAAUAUAUUUUAACAACAAAUUUCCCAGCUUUAAUCAUUUAAUAAAUUAGAUUCAGAAUUAGAAAUCUCUCUAUGGGCUUUUGUAAAUAUGUGAACAGUGAUGCAUCUUGGGACCUUAGAAAAACACAUGAAGGACAAAUCUGCUUGUGGCUUUUGGCGAACAGUAGUUGUGUGAUUAUAUAAGACACGACCUGCUCUCAGCCUGAAACAAAGGCAGCGUACGGUGUAAAGAUGAAGUGCUAUUUUUGUCAUGUUUUGUGCUGUAACAGAAGGUCUAUAGAGGACGGAGAUUUAAUCUGUGUUUGAGACGAUGCAGAUCUGAAUUGGGACUUGAAUAUAACACCACGUCACUUUAAUGGGGAUGAUAACAAUUAUAGGAAAUAUUUAAAAGAUCUAUACUUUGUAAUACAAUUAAUCCCUAUAGGACCAAACUAGCUCCAUGGCCCUUAUCUGUUUUAAAGAGUUUAUUUAGGCUAUGUAAAAGAGAUUUAGUAUAACUGUACUAAACUACAGAAGGGACAAUAUUAAAUAAAGCCUAAUUUUAACAACAAAUUUUCACCUCAGCAGUUGACCCACCGCUGGCCUCCUGUGAUUGGUUGGUUGUUUUUGUUAGUUGUGGCCAUAGACUGUGUAAAGAAGUGGACCAAGGGAGUAUGAUAUCACCCAUAGUGUUCAGCUCCAGUCAAAUGAAGCUCAUGGGUCUAGCAGUUUUAGGAGCAAAUUUGGAACCAAGCUUCAUAUUACGAAUAGGAAUGUAUUUUCAACAAAACAGCAAAAUCAAAACAGCAGGAGCACAUAGAGCAAGUUAAUACAAACUCACAGCAGCAGUUACAGAGAGAGGAGCCACAAUUUUCCAAUGUAAAGUCAAUUGGAAACAGUCGAUGGAGCCGUAAGCGUCCACAUGUGCACUUCCUAUUUGGAACGCGGCGGCUGACGGGUUAGCUCUGUCCAUUUAUAUAUACAGUCUAUGGCAUACCGUACUAAUUAUUUUGGUAUUGGAGUAAAGAAUGCUAAUGCUGCUACAUAUUAUUUUUCAUUUAGUUCAAAUGUAAUUCCUUUUUAUUUAUGUAUUCAUAUAUCAUAACAGCACAAAACUUGUAAAAUUGGAAAUAAUGAGUUACAAUUCUCUAUAACUAUGUUUGGUAGUUGGUGCUUUUAUAAUUACUUUCUGUCAAUCAAGUUAAGUUAUUGAUUAUUGAUCCUUGUUAACCUUAAACAUGUAUUUUUGACAGAGUUAUAUAAUAUGUACACCUCAACUGUCAAAGCAAAAGUUAAAUUAUGUUUGUUCUUUAAACUUUUUUCCCCCUCAUGUUUUUGACAAGUUGGUUAAACUGUAGGUGGGUCUUAGCAGUGGGUCACCUGUCAGUCACUGCUGUAACCUCUACACUAUAAUAGCUCUGAAUUCUAGCUAUUAAAAGAUAUAAUAUUUCCCAUGCAAAAAACUGGAUUUUAUGCCGUCGAUGAAAGACUAACCCUGGACCUGUGUGGACCUGGUCUUUGUUUUGUGUCAUGAAGUGAUCUGUACAUAUAGCUGUAGAAUAAAAUGUCUUUAGAGUGAAUGGGAAAAGCUGUUAAUAUGUUCAUUCACUGGAUUUUAUGUUGAUAAAAAGCUUAAAAUAAUAAAAACAAAUAGAUUCAAGCUGUAA